AACACAGUUUUGCAUGCUGUCAGAGUAUGACAAACUGUCCGGCUACCUUCUCUACAAUGGCCUGCUCAAUGCCAAGCAACCUUCUGCGAUGUGAUUCGCAAGGAGAAGAAUUACAUUCGAACAGGACUUUCUGUUCAUGAUCCACCUGAUCCUCGCCGGAUGAUUCUUGGCGAACCUGAGCCGAUUCAGCACUCCACGGACGAGCGUGGCAUCGGUGGAGGCUCGUGCUGGCCGCUACAAUCAAGGGUAAGCAUCCUCGAUCUGCAGAAUCCGCAACUCCUGCACCAGAAAUAUUAAACAGGAGUGUCCAAACUGGUACAGUAGUUCUACGCAAGGAAGGGCUUGUAUGAAGGAUAAGCAGGAAUUGGUAAAAUGGGGCUUGAUCCAAAGGAUGGGGGGCUUCCCAUGGUUCAGGAUUUGGUUGAGUCUGGCAUUGAUGAAGUGCCUCAGCGAUUUGUGAAGCCAGCGGAAGAGCGGUCAUUGUCUGCAGCAUGGCCGGAAGAUGGUGAGGUUCCAGUUAUUCACGCAGCAGAGCUUGACACAGCUGAAGGCAUCGCUAAGCUCGACAGCGCUUGCCGAGAUUGGGGAUUUUUCCAGCUGAUUGGACAUGGCAUCCCUCCGGAGUUGCUUAAACAGGUGAGAAAGACCGUGAGGGAUUUUUUCCGGUUGCCCCAGGAGCAGAGGGAAGCAUAUGCUAUUCGGUCUGAUGCACCAUCUCUAGCCAGCCAGGAAGGAUACGGAAGAUUUUUCGUUCCUUCGGAGGAGACUGUGCUCGACUGGGGCGAUCCUGUUUAUCAUUUUCUUCCUCCCAUAAGGAAUUGGCCAAGCAAUCCUCCAGAGUACAGGAAAGUCGUGGAAGAGUACGGCCAGGAGAUACGGCCUCUGGCAAUCAAACUGCUACAAUGCAUGGCAGAGGCAUUGGGGCAACGUGCUAGUUUUUUCUCUGAAGCUUUCGGUCCUAGUCCUCAUUAUGCGAUCAGGCUGAACUAUUAUCCGCCUUGUCCACAGCCAGAGCUUGUGAUUGGACUCAGCCCUCACUCUGAUGUCGUGGGUCUUACCGUUUUGCUCCAAGAUGAGGUGGAAGGCCUGCAGGUUAAGAAAGACGGGCAGUGGAGGAGCGUCAGGUCCAUCCCAGACGCAUUUGUGGUGAAUGUUGGAGACACGGUUGAGAUACUAACAAAUGGAGCUUACAAGAGCGUGGAACACAGAGCUGUCGUCAAUAAGGAAUGCUCUCGGAUCUCCAUUGCAACAAUUUACGGUCCUGGCCGCGACAGGAAGUUAAAGCCAAUUACCUCGGAAGAAAUGCCACCUUUGUACAAGGAAGUCUCUAUGGCAGAGCUCCUCGAAGCGUUCGUCAACGGAGAACUGAAUGGUAAGGGGCAUCUCCAGUUUGUCAGAAUAGCAUGAGGAAGUAUUAUGACAAAAAUAAAAUAAUGUGACAAUACAGUAGAUGAUAUAAAGAUAUAUAUGUAUUGAAUGUUUGGAAAGCUA